AUGGAUCUGAUGGAGAUUGACGACAGCACGGAUAUGACGAAGAAUCUCACAAAGAAGGGCCUCGUCACAAAAGUACAGACAAACUACAGCUCCUUAGAAAAAGAGAGGAAUCAGCUACAGACAAACUACAGCUCCUUAGAAAAAGAGAGGAAUCAGCUACAGACAAACUACAGCUCCUUAGAACAAGAGAGGAAUCAGCUACAGACAAACUACAGGAUUGUAGAACAAGACAGGGAUAAGCUACAGACAAACUACAGCAACUUAGAACAAGAGAGGAAUCAGCUACAGACAAACUACAGGAUUGUAGAACAAGAGAGGGAUCAGCUACAGACAAACUACAGCUCCUUAGAACAAGAGAGGAAUCAGCUACAGACAAACUACAGGAUUGUAGAACAAGAGAGGGAUCAGCUACACACAAACUACAGCUCCUUAGAAAAAGAGAGGAAUCAGCUACAGACAAACUACAGGAUUGUAGAACAAGAGAGGAAUCAGCUACAGACAAACUACAGCUCCUUAGAAAAAGAGAGGAAUCAGCUACAGACAAACUACAGCUUCUUAAAACAAGAGAGGGAUCAGCUACAGACAAACUACAGCUCCUUAAAACAAGAGAGGAAUCAGCUACAGACAAACUACAGCUCCUUAGAAAAAGAGAGGAAUCAGCUACAGACAAACUACAGCUCCUUAGAAAAAGAGAGGAAUCAGCUACAGACAAACUACAGCUCCUUAGAAAAAGAGAGGAAUCAGCUACAGACAAACUACAGCUCCUUAGAAAAAGAGAGGAAUCAGCUACAGACAAACUACAGCUCCUUAGAACAAGAGAGGAAUCAGCUACAGACAAACUACAGCUCCUUAAAACAAGAGAGGAAUCAGCUACAGACAAACUACAGCUCCUUAGAAAAAGAGAGGAAUCAGCUACAGACAAACUACAGCUCCUUAGAACAAGAGAGGGAUCAGCUACAGACAAACUACAGCUCCUUAGAACAAGAGAGGGAUCAGCUACAGACAAACUACAGGAUUGUAGAACAAGAGAGGGAUCAGCUACAGACAAACUACAGCUUCUUAAAACAAGAGAGGAAUCAGCUACAGACAAACUACAGGAUUGUAGAACAAGAGAGGGAUCAGCUACAGACAAACUACAGCUCCUUAAAACAAGAGAGGGAUCAGCUACAGACAAACUACAGCUUCUUAAAACAAGAGAGGGAUCAGCUGAAGACUGACUACAACAGUCUGACAGCAGUAAGAGAUCAGUUACAGCAGAGGGUCAACAAGAUGGACCAGAGUUGUCCAUCAGGCUGGAGCAAGUUUGGUGAAAGCUGUUUCCACGUUUCAACCAUAAAAAGAAGCUGGCAUUCAAGCAGAAGCUUCUGCAACUCCAACGGAGGGGAUCUUGCAAUCAUAAACACCAAAGAUAAAAUGGUGUUUGUCAGAGGGUUGGUGGAUUCAGGUAAUCAUGCCUGGAUUGGUCUGAAUGACCGUGUUAAUGAAGGGACCUGGAUGUGGGUGGAUGGGACCAGAGCCACUACCACCUUCUGGGCGCCUAGGCAGCCUGACAACUCGAGAAAUGUGGAGGACUGUGGAGAAGUACGGCACAGAGGACGCGUGGUAGACUGGAAUGAUGAUGAUUGUAGUCUUCAACGUAUCUGCAUCUGUGAAAAAUCCCCAUAACGUUCAGUUAACCCCCUCUACAUUUACAGAUGUCCUUCCAAACCAUCAGGUUCUCUUUUUUUCUACUGAACAACACAAUCCUGAGAUGGAUUUGAAUGCAUAUCAGUGUAAAUAUAUACACACUACCGCUCAGAAGUUUGGAAUCACUUGGACAUUUCCUUUUUUCUCAGUGGAAAAAGUCAUACAAUUAGUCUGAACUGGAGAUACAGCACAUGAACUGGAUAUGCUGACAUUGUCAGAGUUAGAAAUAAUGAUUUUUAAUGAAAAAUGUUCUUUAAACUUUGCCUUCAUAGAAAAAAAACACCUUUCUUAGUAGCCGUGCAGACCUCAGACAUUCUAGCUGUCAAUUUUUCAAGGUAUUCUGAUGAGAUUUCUCCCCAUGCUUCCUGGAGCAUUUCCUACAAGAUGCGUUGGCUUGAUGGAGUUCCUUCGUACUGUACCGUUAAGCUGCUCCCACAACAGCUCAGUAGGGUUCAGAUCUGAAGACUUUGCUGGCCACUCCAUUACAGUCAGAGCUCUGGCUGACUGCUGAUUCUUUAAAUAUGUCGUAGACAUGUUGGAGAUGUGUUUUGGGUUGUUAUCCUGUUGUAGAAUGAAAUUGGCCCAAAGCAAGUGCUGUCCACAGGGUAUGGCAUGGCAUUACAAAACCUCAUGAUAGCAUUUGCA